AUGGUCGACAACAAAACUCUCACCUGCAUCUAUAUUACUCACGGAUGCGGCGACCAUUUCUUUGGCAUUCCAGUCCUCCAGCGACGUUCCUCUGGUGUAAUGGCUGUAGCUACCGAACAAACUAUCGCACAAGUAGCCUAA